ACCACUGCGUCCUCCAAAACCCAAAAACCCAUUUCUUCGACUAAUAGAGAAAUGUCUGUUUCCUUCUCUUCUCCUUCACUCUUCUCUCAAAAACCUCUCUUUCCUAAGAAUCUUUUUGGGAACCAAAGAGGAUUUGGGUUAUGGAGAAAUCCACAGAUUGUGAGGAAAUCUGUGGUCAGAGCAGGCGCCAAGAGGGUAUCUUUUGGUAAGGAAUGCAGGGAGGCCUUGCAAGCUGGGAUUGAUAAGCUAGCUGAUGCUGUUUCUAUCACCUUAGGACCAAGAGGACGUAAUGUUGUUCUUUUUGAGUCUGAUACACUAAAGGUAAUAAAUGAUGGUGUUACAAUUGCUCGAUCCAUAGAGCUUUCAGAUGCAGUUGAGAAUGCAGGAGCAAUGCUAAUCCAAGAGGUUGCAAGUAAAAUGAAUGAUUUGGCUGGUGAUGGUACAACUACUGCAAUUGUUUUGGCUCGAGCAAUGAUCAAAUCUGGGGCAUUGGCAGUUGCUUUUGGUGCUAACCCAAUCUCUUUGAGGAAGGGGAUGGAUAAGACUGUAAAAGAAUUGGUGAAGGUCUUGAAGAAGAAAAGUGUGCCUGUAAAAGGAAGGGAUGAUAUUAAAGCUGUGGCCUCAAUUUCUGCUGGAAAUGAUGAGUUUAUUGGGAACUUAAUUGCUGAAGCUAUAGAAAAGAUUGGCCCUGAUGGAAUAAUCUCUAUUGAGUCAUCCACAUCAUCUGAGACCUUUGUGACAAUUGAAGAAGGAAUGAAGAUUGACAAAGGUUACAUGUCACCCCACUUCAUUACAGACCAGAACAAAUCUGUAGUGGAGUUUGACAAUGCUAAGGUUCUAGUAACUGAUCAGAAGAUUUCAAAUGUCAAAGAACUUGUUCCUUUACUGGAAAAGACUACGCAACUGAGUGUCCCACUGCUAAUCAUUGCAGAGGAUAUCUCCAGGCAAGUACUGGAAACACUAGUGGUGAACAAAAUGCAAGGUCUACUGAAUGUUGCUGUUGUCAAAUGCCCAGGAGUUGGAGAAGGAAAGAAAGCUCUGUUGCAAGAUAUUGCCCUAAUGACAGGUGCUGAUUUUCUCUCUGGAGAUUUGGGUUUGAUGCUUGACGGUGCAACAUCAGAUCAGCUUGGCAUUGCACGAAAAGUAACCGUAACGAGUAAUUCAACAACCAUAGUUGCGGACCCUACUACAAAAGCUGAAAUUCAGGCAAGAAUUUUGCAGAUCAAGAAGGAUCUAGCUGAAACAGAUAAUGCAUACUUGUCAAGAAAGCUCUCGGAAAGAAUUGCUAAACUCUCUGGUGGUGUCGCUGUGAUUAAGGUAGGAGGACACACUGAGGUGGAGCUUGAAGAUCGGAAACUCAGAGUUGAAGAUGCAAAGAAUGCCACAUUUGCUGCCAUGGAUGAAGGGAUAGUGCCUGGUGGUGGUUCCACAUAUGUACACCUCUCAGAAUUGAUUCCCACCAUAAAGAAUUCAAUGGAAGAUCUAGAUGAGCAGAUUGGUGCUGAUAUUGUGGCAAAGGCACUUCUUGCACCUGCAAAAUCAAUUGCUACCAAUGCGGGAGUCGACGGAGACGUUGUUGUAGAGAAGACUAGAACCUGUGAAUGGCGAAUUGGGUACAAUGCAAUGACAUGCAGGUAUGAAGAUCUUCUCAGUGCUGGAGUUGCCGAUCCUUGCCGGGUUUCGAGAUGUGCACUUCAAAGUGCAGUGUCAGUUGCAGGGAUAGUUCUAACCACUCAAGCUGUAUUGGUGGAGAAAACAAAGAAGCCCAAGCCACGCAUCCCUCAGGUUCCAGGCAUAACUCCUUAAAGAAAAGGAAAAAAGAAAAACAGAAAGCAGAGAGAGAGAGAUUAGUUGGAAAGCUAGUUAACAGCUGAGACCAGACAAGUCAACUUUUAAUUCGAUAUUUUGGGGUGCGAGGGCAUGAAAUGCCAUACAUGAACAACAGGGCAGGGUUGCAUAUCCGGAAAAAUGGAUGAACUAUAUUGUUACAGCAAUGGCAGCAAAGUUAUUUAUGGAAUUAGGGCAGCAUACCUCCUCCUCCUCCUUGAUCAACCAAAUUGUGUGCCAUUGUUGCGAGAACUUCCUCUUAAGACAAGAUAUUGCGUUUGUGUUUGCUCCCAACAUUGCAAUGAUUAAUCAAAUUGAGGUUUUGCGCCAAUCAAAUUUUGUAUGCACAGCAAACAAUGACAAGUUUGUUGAUAUCAGCGUUAUUUGAAGCAGAUUUCCUCAAUCCGCUCUUUGCGCCUUCCUUCUUCUCCUCGUGUUGCUGCAAUCCUCCUGAGAGGAGACAUCUUCCAGGCCAUUCUCC